CCAAUCAAAGCCCACACGAUAAGGGAACUAUCACAGAUAGAAACAGUCAAACAGAUCGUAAAUCCAGCCCACACGGUAAGGGAACUAUCACAGCAGCCAACAAACCCUCACUCACUCAUAAGAGAAAAGGAGCGAGAGCAAGAACGCUACUGGAAAUCUCACUCCGGCUAGGGUUCCGGUGAACGCUGAAGCAACCGAAUUUGUAAGUUUCGAUACUUUAAACAGUUUAGCAGCAGUUUUGUUCAAUCUAGGGUUUCUUUCAGUCAAUUUGGGCGCGCGAGAGUCAUUACAAUGGGGGACGGCGAUGUCGUGCUUAGGCGAGUUCAUACCGACUUCGGCUACUACGAGGAAGGUGUGAUUGCGGAGAUCCUCGCGAGGCUGCCGGUCAAAUCCUUGAUGCGAUUCCGGUGCGUCUGCAAGUCAUGGCGUGCUUUGAUCUCCGAAUCCUAUUUUUUAAAGAAACACAUCAGCUACGGAGAGAGAGGCAUUACCGAGAGCACUCACAGGCUCAUUUUCCUGCUGGAUCCUCCCUUGGCCUUGGACUAUGAAGCCUUGAAAAGUAUGGAGGACUAUGAAGCCUUGGAAAGUAUUAAGGAUGAUGUUCAUGGUGCUGGUGGUCAGUUUGCACUCACUCAGCUGGAUUUUCCGGUAACGAAAUCUAUCCCUGAUUACGGUUAUAGAGUUGUUGUGGGUUCUUGCAAUGGCUUGGUAUGUGUAGAAGUUGACCGCGAGGCCAUUAUGUUAUGGAACCCUUGUACUAGAGGCUCCAAGGUUUUACCAAAACCUCCUCCAGUUAUAAACUCCGAGUUUAGCUACGAUUUUAAUGGAUUCGGGUAUGAUUCUGCUAGUGACGACUACAAGGUGAUACGGGGGUUCACUGAUUAUCUUGCUAAGAAAAUCAUGAUUCACAUCUUUUCACUGAAAACAGGUUCAUGGAGGACUGUCGAAGACAUUGAUUAUGUUACAUUAAUAAUGCGGCAGGGGCUGUUCUUAAACAGAGCUCUGCAUUGGCUAUGUAAUCUACCUGAAGGGGGCUCAAGAAUUUUGUCUUUUGAUUUAGAGGCGGAGAAAUUUCAGAAGACGAUUCCAUUACCCUAUGAUGACUGGUUUUUUGAUCUCUUGAUUCAUAAAAAUUGCCUCUGUGUACUUGCUUGUCCAACUGGAACCAACACUUUCAACAUAUGGAUGAUGAAAGAAUAUGGGGUCCAGGAAUCCUGGACUGAAGUCUUACAAUUUUCUUUGGAGAAGUAUGCAUCGCAUUAUGAUGAUUCUAGAUGUUAUUUCACGCCUCUGUGCAUUUUAGAGAAUGGUUUAGUUUUGAUUGACAAGAUCGGUGAGGGUCAACACCUCAUGGUAUUAUCUAAUCUAAAGGAGAAGGAAUUCGAGCAUGUUGUUGAGGUCGCGAAGAACUUGGAGUUUAGAACAGUCAUUUACCGAGAGACAUUAGUUUCACCAGACGUCCACACAUACGAAACCAACAAUAUUUGUAGGUGAGCUAGUAGCGUUGCUGUAGGUCUCAAGGAAAUAGGGCAAAAGUGAUUUUGUAGAAGCAACCUGGUUGUAAUUUAGGGUGGGCGUCAUUUUGAGGGAGGAGAGAUAUUUGUAAUGUUUCUUCUCCACUUGGAAACAAAUUGGGAGAUCCAAAAAGUCAUUUGCUUAUGUAGAAAGUGGGACCACUGUUGUUUAUAUAUAUAUAUAUAUAUAUAUUUAUAGGAUUUUUCUCAGGUAAGGAUGUCCUUACCUAAGCUUAUGGAACAGAUUUACUGUUUUCACCCACUUUCCGAUCACAUUUUCAGAUCUUAACCGUUCAGUUUUUAGGUCCUAAUGUAUGGAUCACCUCUGCAAAAUUUCAGCCAAUUUGGUGAUCGUUAAGGAGUCCAAAACUGCAAUUUACACGAACGAAUCGAAUCUGUCGAACCGGAACCGUUCGUUUAGAUUGUUGUAAUUUGCAGUUUUUGAUGCCUUAAUGAUCACCAAUUUGGCUGAAAUUUUGCAGAGGUGAUCUAUACAUUAGGACCUAAAAACUGAACGGUUAAGAUGUGAAAAUUUGAUCGGAAAGUGGGUGAAAACCGGAAAUCCGUACCUAAGAUAAACUAAGGACGUCCUUAGUGUAGCCGGACUGUAUAUAUAUGUGUGUAUUGUACUAAGAAUGAAAUAUCUCGUCUUUGUAACCUAUUAAAGUUAUUUCUUA